AUGGCACUCGCCAGCCGCGACGCGAACGCCCGCUCGCCACACUUCUUCGCAAGUCGCAUCGCUGUCCGCCGCGCCUCACCCUACAUGGAGGUGUCGAGCGACGAGAACACAUCGCCACCACCGCGAAAGGUGUCGCCGCCAUCACAGAAGCUACUCGCACCAACACAAGCAUCCUCCUCAAAGAACACCCCAAUGCAGUCGUCCAAGCUGCCACGCAGCAGAGGACCCAGUCCAUCUUCGAUACCACGCGUCAUUGCGCAAGAGACCGCGACACCACGCACCUUUCUCACCAACAAGCCACUGCCAUCACGCCCUGUGGCCUCUUUCAUCAAUACAGCCAGCCCGUCGAAAGACAGCCGAUGUCUGCUAGAUGCCAGCGAGAAGCCGCUCGAGAUCUCUCUAGGAGGCACUCGAUACGCAUAUCCUGCACUCACUCCUCGAUCCGUCAGCACACCGCAGCAGCACAUCAGCACGGUAGCCAAGCCCCGCAAGUCAACGCCAAGCUCUAUACCUCGCAGGGUGUCUGCUACUGCUGGCAUGGUGGCUGCAGCUAGCGAGAUGACCAAAGUCUUUGCCGGCAGCGGUCUCAGAGACAGCAAGAUGUCCACUGCGUCCUCCACGUCCUCGUUUGUGAGUGCCUCCGAGUCGAAGUCCGCCGAUGUGCAGGUCGAAGGAUUCCCUCACAAUGCAUCAGCUGCUGCUCGCGUACAGCGCGCGAGCCCUCCUUCGAGUGCACAUGAGCACUCAUAUGGCAGCCGCGACCCAAGCACCUCCAUGCUCCCUAACAGGAAAGAGUCCCUGCGUGCACGCAUCAGCCACGGCACUUUGAAGCCAGCUACCAAAGGCUCCCUGGAGAAGACUACGGGCUUCACGGACUUUACGAAAGGCUCCAUGCCGCCAACGCCUGAGUCAAACCCAGCGACCCGAUCUCCUUCAAGCUUCUCUCAACUCAGACAGCCCAGCGGCCCUAAGGCGUUGGUGUCUGCACGAGCCAGCUCCCCGGAUAACACACCAUCCCGUCAGCGCGAGACUUCAUCUCGUCUUCCCAUGCGUCAGGGCACAGCUGUCGACCACAAGCUUUCGGGUGUCGCUAAAAGCCCGUCACUUGAGGCUCGCAGCAAAGUUUCGCCACACACAUUCAAAGUGCUCGGCCAAGGUAUCAAGCGUCGAGAACUGCAGCGUUCAAAUACCAACGCCAGCACUGCCAGCAACGUCUCUGCAAUUUCUAGAGUACAACAGACUGCCGAUGCCAUGCAAGGGACCCAGGCCCAUCCUACUACUCCAAACACGGAGCCAGCACGCAGCGCUUCGCCUGAAGAUGACUCUACGACACCAGUCUCCCGUAUGUCGAGUCUGAGUCGUAGUCUGAGGUCCCUUGAUGAAGAUGGCAUACCGAAGAUUUGGGGUGAGGCAGAGUCCAGGUUCGCGAGAGCGCCACCGUCAUGCAGUCCCUUCACUGGCCCUCUGCAGACGAUUCACUCACAAGCUGCGCUUCCGCUGGCAUCAGAUGCUUCCAGCUCGACGCUCGUCAACGAGAUCCCUUCCGACAUUCCUCAGCUCAACGCUUUCCCGGCCCCACCGUCGAUCAUCCAGCAGCAGGGCGUUGCCAGACUGGAAGGAAGUGCCUGCACUGCUGUACACCAUUCGGCCGACUCACAAGACUCCUAUGCCGAGACUGAUACUCAACUGCGACGUACACUAUCGAAGCUCAAUGGCGAAGGCUCGCCUCCGAAGACGGUCGUCGAUGAGCAGGGCUUCAACUCCAUGUUCAAGGGCAUGCACCUGAAGCAAGGCAGAGAUGCUCCAAAAAUCUCCUCGAUCUGUGCAGAAGCUGCCAACGCUGAAUUGUAUCUGCAACGCGGACAGCAAGAGCCACGUACGUCUCGUGUCACUUUCAGUGACAUGCCUGAGCGCAGCAGUAUACAGCCAGAUCCCAAAGCACCAAGUCAACCUGCAAACACAUCCCAAGCUCACCACAUGCCGACAGCCAGCAAAUGGUCCGCUAGCACACCUUCCGCCUUGGGAACAUCUGCUGGCUCGAACGAUCUGCCCACGCCUACCGCCAUCGUGCCUGAAAUUCCAGCUAAAGAUCCAAAUCGGUCGAUCGGCUACAUUUCGAGUAACGAAGUAGGACUUCAGAUGUCCGGGAAGCGCAGGACGGGCCAGAGCGUAGGACACUCCAGCCGCAACUCUUCUCCUACCCUCGGCCUUGGCAAGCAUCCCAAAGGCAGUGUUAAGAACGCGAGGGCACAGAUUGCAGAACGCACCGGGAACUUCGCACGACCGACCGCCUCAGCCGAGUCUAAGAAGACUAGUAGGAGCCCACGUGCUUCUACUGUACCGUCUGUGCCACCCCAUGAUCACCAGCGAGGCCGCGACAGUCCAAAUGGACCUACAGCAGUGAAAGCGACCUCUCCCGAUCAGGCAAAACCUGUCAGAUCGCGCUCAAAGAGCCGACUUGUCUUCGACAAGUUACACGGCAUUCUCAAGCGCGAUAAGAAGGUCCAGCAUGCUCCAGUACCACCUUUGCCAACCCCAUCAGUACCUCUUGAUGAGCUCAGGCGGGCAGCGCCAAGCCCGGUGAUACGUAUCAGUCGCAACGACAGCCGCCGUGUACGGACUUCGAAGAAUCUGUCAAAGUCCCCGUCUUGGCCUCAGUCCAAGCGAGACUCGAGAGCUACCGUAGCAUCUCUUGCCAGCGGUGCUAUUCUGGGCGAAGAAGAUGCCCGUGCUUCGGACAGCAGUGAUCAGUCCAGCUCGGUCAAGUCAUUGGUGGACAAAGUUAUGAAGAAGGCAGACCUCGAGAUCAACCCGGAACGCAAGCAUCGUAUGCUGACUUUCGCCAUGUCCCUUCUCGAGUCCGUACAGGCCACUGCUCAGGCAGCCAUAUCCGCAGAGAAGGCUAAGAACGCAGCAGUCGAGGCGGAGUUCUGGUACUCCAAAGCUCUCAAGGGAUCUAACAUGAUGGAGGCACUUGCCAACGGCCUUGUGGCAGGCGCGACCCGACAUUAA